UGGACUCCUCGCCCCCGCUCCAGAAAAAGAAGUUAAGAGGAGCUGAAGACCCAUCCCACUUCCUCCACUCUUCUCAUCCUCUCUCAAGAAAGAAAGAAGGAGAGAGGAGGAGGAGAAGAAAAGAUGAGCAAAUCCCCGAUAUUCCCAAUGCCGGAGCCCCAGCACUACAGCGACUACGGCUUCGAUCCCCAGAUCGACUACCUCCAGGUGUUGGAGGAGGCGAGGAGGCACAGGAAGCGGAGCGAGGCGCGGUCGUUGGAUGCGCUCCACUUCAAGCUCCAGAAGCCCAUCUCCAAGGACGACUCCAAGGCCCGCAAGAAGCGCCGCUGGUGGUGGAAGUCCGCCCUCCGCUUCUGGAAGCGCGCCAAGGCCGGCGGCGACGACCACGGAUCCGGAUCAGCUUGCCGCCCGAAGGUCCACUCCACUCGCCCCUCGUAUCCUUACCGUGCGGGGUCCGGACCGCUGUACGCGACCGAGAGCGUGGGGUCGAGUACCCACUGCCGCACCAGCUGGCCGAGCUCAGGGCCGCUGGCGGCGGCGGAGGUCGGGGCGGCGCCGAUCCCGUAUCUCUGCCUCCGGGAUCUGAACCUUGUCGACGGCCCCCGGAUCUCCGCCUCCGCAGCCCCCACGCCGAUGCCCAUCUACCUCGUUACUUGAAUCCCGGCUUGUUCUCCUCCUCUCUAGAAUGUUUUGAGCUCUUUUUAUUUCUUCACUCUCUUGUGUCAUGGUGGGUCAUGGCUUGAUCUCCUCGUAACUGGGUUUUGGUUUUUGUUUAAAAGUGCGAGGGUGAAAAGGGUGCCUUUUUCCCUUAA